CUGCCCCCCUCCGCGCACGCCGCCCUCGUCUGCCAUGGCCCGGGAGAACGGCGAGAGCAGCUCCUCCUGGAAAAAGCAAGCCGAAGACAUCAAGAAAAUUUUCGAGUUCAAGGAGACCCUCGGAACCGGGGCGUUUUCGGAAGUGGUCUUGGCCGAAGAGAAGGCGACUGGAAAACUCUUUGCGGUGAAGUGCAUCCCCAAGAAGGCGCUAAAGGGCAAAGAAAGCAGUCUAGAGAAUGAGAUCGCCGUCCUGAGAAAGAUUAAGCAUGAAAACAUUGUUGCCCUGGAAGACAUUUAUGAAAGCCCAAAUCACCUGUACUUGGUCAUGCAGCUUGUGUCUGGUGGCGAGCUGUUUGAUCGGAUAGUGGAGAAGGGAUUUUACACAGAGAAAGAUGCCAGCACUCUGAUCCGCCAGGUUUUGGAUGCUGUCUACUAUCUCCAUAGAAUGGGCAUUGUCCACAGGGAUCUCAAGCCUGAAAAUCUGUUGUACUACAGUCAAGAUGAGGAGUCCAAAAUAAUGAUCAGUGACUUUGGAUUGUCAAAAAUGGAGGGCAAGGGAGAUGUGAUGUCCACAGCCUGUGGAACCCCAGGCUAUGUUGCUCCUGAGGUCCUUGCCCAGAAACCUUACAGCAAGGCUGUUGACUGCUGGUCCAUCGGGGUGAUUGCCUAUAUCUUGCUCUGUGGCUACCCUCCUUUUUAUGAUGAAAAUGACUCCAAGCUCUUUGAACAGAUCCUUAAGGCGGAAUAUGAGUUCGACUCCCCGUACUGGGAUGACAUCUCCGACUCUGCAAAAGACUUCAUUCGGAAUCUGAUGGAGAAAGAUCCAAAUAAAAGAUACACGUGUGAGCAGGCAGCUCGGCACCCGUGGAUCGCCGGUGACACAGCCCUCAACAAAAACAUCCACGAGUCCGUCAGCGCCCAGAUCCGGAAGAACUUCGCAAAAAGCAAAUGGAGACAAGCAUUUAAUGCCACAGCCGUGGUGAGACAUAUGAGGAAACUGCAUCUCGGCAGCAGCCUGGACAGUUCAAAUGCAGGUGUUUCGAGCAGCCUCAGUUUGGCCAGCCAAAAAGAUUGUCUGGCCCCCUCCACGCUCUGUAGUUUCAUUUCCUCUUCAUCGGGGGUCCCAGGAGUGGGAACGGAGCGGAGACCGAGGCCCACCACUGUGACGACAGUACACUCUGGAAGCAAGUGACUGGCUCUGGAGGUGGGGCCCGGGGGGCAUGGCCAGGGAAUGGGGCCCCCGGGGGCCACCAGUGCCACCAGCCACUCCAGAGUGAUCCCACCUUGCAUGGUGCGCCUUCCUGCACAGGACUGGAAGACAGAAGUUUUUUUAUGGCCAUAUUUUAUACUGCAAUUCUGAAGUGUUCAUUUCUCACAAACUGUACUGACUCCAGGGAACUGAUUUAACAGGAUCUGGUGCUGUAUAUACGAAUCUUGCAAUGCUCUAUCAGAACCUUCUUUGUCCUCUCCCCAACUCCUGUCUUUUCGGCUCUUCUCAGUAUAGGCAACCGUCUAUGUUGUAUUUUUUCAUUAAUGACAAAAAGAGGUUUCAACUGGAUUAUUUAAGUAUUGGUAAAUAUUUUGUGCAUUAGGGCUUUAUUUUUUUCCUUUUAAGAAAUAUGUCCUUUCGAUAUAUACUUCUUAGUUACAUGACCUGUAUCUUUUGCUUGUCGAUAGUAGAGUUUUAUGUUAACCUUUGAGAGAUUUUUUUUUCC